GGGGCGCGGGCAGGGGCUCCGCAUCCCUAGAUCCUAGCACAUGGAUGCGCACGUCGCUUUCUCCGGCUUUCCGACCCUGCCCUCGGUCUCGCCGUCGGGGCCGCAGCCUCCAUCGCUGGCCGGAGACGAGCCCGGGCGCGAACCAGAGGAGGUGGUGGGCGGUGGGGACUCCGAGCCCCCGGCCGCGCCGGGCCCUGGGAGGCGACGUCGGCGGCCGCUACAGCGUGGGAAGCCGCCUUACUCGUACAUCGCUCUUAUCGCUAUGGCCCUGGCGCACGCUCCGGGCCGUCGUCUCACGCUGGCAGCCAUCUACCGCUUCAUCACCGAGCGCUUCGCCUUCUACCGCGACAGCCCGCGCAAGUGGCAGAACAGCAUCCGCCACAACCUCACCCUCAACGACUGCUUCGUCAAGGUGCCGCGCGAGCCGGGCAAUCCGGGCAAGGGCAACUACUGGACGCUCGAUCCCGCGGCCGCCGACAUGUUCGACAACGGCAGCUUCCUGCGGCGCCGCAAGCGCUUUAAGCGCACCGAGCUGCCCGCGCCGCCGCCACCGCCCUUUCCCUACGCGCCCUUCCCGCCCGCACCUGCACCUGCGCCCGCACCGCCCGCGCGCCUCUUCCGCCUGGACAGCCUGCUGGGCUUGCAAACCGAGCCGCCAGGACCCUUGGCGCCCGAGCCGCCUUGCUGCGCCGCGCCCGACGCCUCCUUCCCGCCCUGCGCCGCCGCAGCCUCGCCGCCGCUCUACUCGCCCGCGCCCGAGCGCCUGGGGCUGCCCGCGCCGUUGCCGGCGGAGCCUCUCCUGGCCUUGGCAGGAUCGGCUGGCGCGCUGGGGCCACUCGGCGCCGGAGAAGCCUACCUGAGACAGCCGGGCUUCCCGCCCGGGCUGGAGCGCUACCUGUGAGCCUCUCUUCUGAGGGAGACCCUGGCGGAGCUUGUCUGUGGUGCUGCCCGCCCGCAGCGUGGUGUGAUCCGCUGGGUCCCUGAGCCUUACAGGAGGCUAAACCUUCCCUACCCUUCUCCAUGCCUGGAGAGACUCUGACCGUCUCACCACUAGUCUGAAGCGCCCUCUCUAAUUUGAGGCCUUCAUUCCUCCCUCUACUUGUGUACCCACCUAUGCAGUCUCGCACUGCCAUGUCCCGUGCUCUGGAACUGGACGAUCAAAAUGGGGACUUCAGCCCCAAAUGUGUCCCGGUGAGUUCCAGUCAGUGGAAGCUUUCCACCCAGGGCACCUCCUCCAUCUCUGAUGUUUGCCAGUAUGUCAGAGGUCAGACUUCUGGGUUCACUACUUCUUACACCUCUUUCUCCAUUUUCUGAUAAUUAUGACAAAUUUGUCUCCUGCCCCAGCUUUACCUGUCUGCACUUGUUUUCUUUCCGAGCCCCGCCCCUCCACAGACUCAUUUGAGGCUCUGCUCCUGGUUCUGAGGACAGUUCUUCAGACUAGGUUACACAGUACCAGGAUCUUCUGACUGAAGGGGAAAUUAACGGGCGUCUGUGGCUGUCCCAUCCCAUGGAAAGCACAGAACUUAUCUGGUUAUUGUUAUUUUUCAAUCAAAGCUAGUUUAAUUAAAAAGAAAAACGAAGAA